CGGGGCCAGAGCCCCGGAGUGUGGGGAGAACUUGGGCUCCGCUCCGCUCUAUGAAAUAUGGGAGACGACAGACCGUUUGUGUGCAAUGCCCCGGGCUGUGGACAGAGAUUUACAAACGAGGACCACCUGGCAGUUCAUAAACACAAGCAUGAGAUGACAUUGAAAUUUGGCCCGGCCCGAACCGACUCAGUCAUCAUUGCAGAUCAGACUCCUACUCCAACGCGAUUCCUGAAGAACUGCGAGGAGGUGGGGCUCUUCAAUGAGCUGGCAAGCUCCUUUGAACAUGAAUUCAAGAAAGCUUCGGACGAGGAGGACAAAAAGGCAAGAGGCGGGGUCUCUGCUGAAGGCCUGGUGGCGGUUACGGGGCCCCUUGACAUGUCUCUGCCUUCCACACCAGACGUCAAAAUCAAAGAAGAAGAACCAGUGGAGGUAGACUCGACCCCGCCUGACAGCCCUGCCUCCAGCGCCUGCUCCCCACCGCUCAAGGAGAAGGAGGUUGCCCCGAAGCCUGUAGUGAUCUCUACCCCCACACCUACUAUUGUCCGGCCUGGCUCCCUGCCUCUCCACCUGGGCUACGACCCACUUCACCCAACCCUUCCCUCCCCGACUUCUGUCAUCACACAGGCUCCACCGUCCAACAGGCAGCUGGGGUCGCCCACGGGCUCCCUCCCUCUCGUCAUGCAUCUCGCUAACGGACAGACCAUGCCCGUGCUGCCAGGGCCUCCAGUGCAGAUGCCUUCUGUCAUAUCGUUGGCCAGACCUGUGUCUAUGGUGCCCAAUAUUCCUGGUAUCCCUGGCCCACCAGUGAACAGCAGUGGUUCCAUUUCUCCCUCUGGCCACCCUAUGCCAUCAGAAGCCAAGAUGAGACUUAAAGCUACCCUCACCCACCAAGUCUCCUCGAUCAAUGGUGGUUGUGGGAUGGUGGUGGGUACUGCCAGCACCAUGGUGACGGCCCGUCCGGAGCAGAGCCAGAUCCUCAUCCAGCAUCCUGACGCCCCGUCCCCCGCCCAGCCACAGGUCUCUCCAGCCCAGCCUACUCCGAGCACUGGCGGGCGAAGGCGGCGCACGGUGGACGAAGACCCUGAUGAGCGGCGCCAGCGCUUUCUGGAGCGUAACCGGGCUGCGGCGUCGCGCUGUCGUCAGAAGCGGAAGCUGUGGGUGUCGUCCCUCGAGAAGAAGGCCGAGGAACUCACUUCCCAGAACAUUCAGCUCAGUAACGAAGUCACAUUGCUACGCAAUGAGGUGGCCCAGCUGAAACAGCUGCUGUUAGCGCACAAAGACUGCCCGGUCACCGCACUACAGAAGAAGACUCAAGGCUACUUAGAAAGCCCCAAGGAGAGCUCAGAGCCGACGGGGUCUCCAGCUCCCGUGAUCCAGCACAGCUCCGCCACGGCCCCCAGCAACGGCCUCAGCGUCCGCUCCGCAGCUGAGGCGGUGGCCACCUCGGUCCUCACGCAGAUGGCCAGCCAAAGGACAGAACUGGGCAUGCCCAUACAGUCGCACGUGAUCAUGACCCCACAGUCCCAGUCUGCGGGCAGAUGAUGUCUCCCCUGCAGGAGAGGUCCCCGGCCGGAGCUCGCCCGCCCCAGAGUCAAGCGAGACGUCAUCCUGUCCCUCCCCUCUGCCUCGGACGCGGCAGCACGGAGGGGAGUGUGUGUGUUGUGAGUAACGGACAGAGGUGGGGCUUUUCUCUGUAGCCUCAGGUCAUGUAUGUUGACCCCUGUCCUAGGAGCCCCCAGCCCAGAGCCACGUAGAUCAUCCCCCAGAGUGGGGGUUUCUCUCGUCCCCCCGUAGCCAAAGGCCUUUCCAGACGGUUCG